GGCGCGGUGGCGGCGCGGCCCCGGCCCUGGCCCGGCGGACCCGCCCCGGGAGCGGGCGGUACCGGGCCGCCCCCGGCCGCGCUGACAUCAGCCGUGAAAAGGGCGCGGGCGGCGGCAUCCGCCACUGCCGCACCGGGACCGCGGGAUCGGCGCCGCAGACCCUCCCGCCGUCAGGAUGGCAAACCGGGGACCGUCAUAUGGCCUGAGCCGGGAGGUGCAGCAGAAGAUCGACCGGCAGUACGACCCUGAGCUGGAGCAGGUCCUGGUGCGGUGGAUCCUGGCGCAGUGCGGUGGGGAUGUCGCGCAGCCGGCGCCUGGCAGGGAUGGCUUCCAGCAGUGGCUGAAGGAUGGCACCGUCCUGUGCCGGCUCAUCAACAGCCUGCACCCGCGGGGCCAGGGACCAGUGGCCAAGAUCCAGGCAUCCGCCAUGGCCUUCAAGCAGAUGGAGCAGAUCUCGCAGUUCCUGCAGGCGGCCGAGCGCUACGGCAUCGCCGCCACCGACAUCUUCCAGACUGUCGACCUCUGGGAAGGGAAGAACAUGGCGUGCGUGCAGAGGACCCUGAUGAACCUGGGCAGCCUGGCCGUGGCCAAGGGCGAUGGGCUCUUCGUGGGAGACCCCAACUGGUUCCCCAAGAAGUCACAGGAGAACCGGCGCGUCUUCUCCGAAGACAAGCUGAAGGAGGGCCAGAACGUCAUCGGGCUGCAGAUGGGCACCAACCGGGGCGCCUCGCAGGCUGGCAUGACAGGCUACGGCAUGCCCCGCCAGAUCCUCUGAGCGCCCACGCUGCCCCCUGGCCGCCCCCCGCAUGGCCCCCCAUGGGCCCUGCCUGUGAGGGGCCCCCUGGGGCUGCCCUCCAAACUGCCUUAACCCCACACACACCCACGGACCAGCUGCGUGCCCCCCAGCCGGGGCACCUGCCCCACCCGCCAGUAUUUCCAGGACCAAAGUCUUUUUUUAUUAUUAUUAUUUGGCUGGGCACAGAUGGGGGGGCUGCCACACUGCCCCCCCCCCCGCUGUGCCCACAACCUCUCAGUGCCUUGGGGGCCACAAUGCCCCCCCAGCCCUGCUGCUGUGCUGGGGGGGGGCCCCCCUGUGCCCCAAUAAAUGGCUCCUCUUCUUUCCA